AUGCACUGUGGGUAGAAUGGUAAUUCACGCAUGCGCACUUCAGUUUACGGUUGGAGUCGGGCAGAAAAUGGCGUCGGCGAACUUCUUGGAGGAAGCUCUGAGUACAGACGUCGACGAAUCGGCUGUCAGUGCAAUAGUAGGGUCGUUGGAAAAUAACUUAGUUACCUCUACUUCUACUUCAUCCAGUGCCUCAGGGACGAUCACCACAGGCGCUAAGAAUCAUGUGAACAGUGCCAUUUCUAACGGGGCCCCAGUUUCGUCUGAGAAACAAAGUUCGAGUCCGGUAGCGGGAUCAGUGAACAAUAUCGUACUGAAUGAUGCAAGCAAAAUAAACACAAUACAGACCUCUAAUCUGGGUCAACUUAAAGUAAUAGCUUCUGUACCAGGUGAAGUGACAAGUAGGCCCAACUUUGUUAACCAGGUUACUUCAAGCGUAGGCCUAACCCAAACCACUUUAGCAAAUUUGACCAAAGGGCAGGAAUCAGUGCGUAUUUUGAUCCCCACAUCAAGCCAAGCUUCUGGUGGAAUGAACAUAAACAAUGCAAGACUGCCUCUUACAACUCAACAUGUUGGUGCUUUGCAGAAUGGGAGUGUCGCCUUGACGUCUCUUCCAUCACAGACUGUGGUGAACCCAGCUACGACUGUUGUUUCUCAGCAUCAACUCUCUUCUAGUGCCAAUGUGACUAAACAGAUAACUCAGAGUGUUCUCAAUGCAUUGGAUCCCUCUAAACCUGGAGGUGCUGCUGUAGUGAUAAAGACAAGUGGUAACCAGUUGGCACCUCAGGCUUCAAUCGCUUCGGCGGUUAUGCCUGUGCCAAUGUCAGUAAACAGUUCAGUGCCAAUGACGGCAACAAGCAUAAAUAAUGUGGUGUCUAUGGGAACUGCGACAACAAGUGGAACUUCAGUGGUUACACUCGCCAAACCACUCACUCAAUCAGUUGCUACAAUUGGAUCACAAGGCAAUGUGAUUUCUGGCAACGUACAAAUAUUAAAUAUGAAUGCUCUUCGGCCAAUGACACCAGGUAUUGGUGGUCAGAAGGGUCCCUUAAGAGUAGUGAGUGGAAGCCCCCUUGUGAGAGGAGGAGGAGUUCAAGGGCAAAUUACUCUUCAAGCGUUACAGUCCUUAUCACCUGGGACUCAAAAUCUUUUAAUUAAGACUGAUAAUGGGUUUCAAUUAGUACGGGUGGGCCCUGGGACUGGCGCAGCCGCCCUUGCGUCUGGUAAUGCAAAUACAACUCAAACGCUUCGCUUACAGUCAUUUCCCACACUUAGUUCCGUAUCGCUAGCUUCAUCAGGUACAUCAACGGCUACAACAGUUACUGCAAACACUAUUACAACUCAGGUCCCUGUCCCUGCUCUGUCAACUCCAACUACUGUAACUCCAGCAGUUACACCAACACCUCCAGCAACACCUCAACCUGCUCAGCCUCGCCCUGCUCAAGUUGAUACCACAAAGGAAAAAUGUCGAAAAUUCUUAGCUAAUUUGUUAGAGCUUUCAAGCCGUGAACCAAAAUCAGUUGAAAGAAAUGUGCGAUCACUCAUUCAAGAGCUGGUGGAUUGCAAAGUCGAACCUGAGGAGUUUUGUGAAAGACUGGAAAGGCUUCUGAAUGCUUCACCUCAACCAUGUUUGAUAGGUUUCCUCAAGAAAAGUCUUCCUCUACUGAGACAAGCAAUGGUAACCAAAGAACUGGUGAUAGAUGGUAUACGUCCUCCACCAGCCAGUGUUAUGUUCACAACUGUUGUAGCAUCUACUGUUCCUACGUCCACAGUUUCCUGUCCUCCUCUUCAGGUUACCCAAUUGAAGCCUGGUGGUUUAACAACUCAGACUGUAAGAGUAGUAACCCCAGGAAAUGCUGGAACAGCUACAAGUGUUGCACCUACUAUAAUUGGGGGAGUUCAAGGACCUCGCCAUGUAUUUCCCCAUCGACUUGUCACGCCACUCCAAUUUGUGACACCUGGCUUAACUGGAACUGUGAACAAAGUGUUUACACAUUCGGUGAUGACACCACAGGUGCCCAUCACCACAUCUGCACCAGGAAUCGUCUCCCAGUCGGUGUCAACUGCUGGUGUUGUGACUACGCAUCCAUCUCCUGUGGCCUCUCCAAGUCCUGGUUCAACUUUUACUACUGUAUCGGGCUCCACUCCGGUACUGUUUCGACCUGGCACCCCAGGCACGAUUCAAGUUCCUCGUGCGUUGAUGCCAAUUCGGCAAACAACUCCAAUACGUCCACAAAAUCGACCUCUUUCCCCUGUUAUAAGGACUACUACUCCAAUUAGAACUACCACCCCACUACUAAAUAAGACUACAACUAUUGCAUCAAAAGUACCUCCUAAAUUAACUGCAGCUCAGUUGCGAAUGCAAGGAAAAACCAUAACUGGUCCUGUUGUUACAUUAGGAGCUAAUUCAAUUGUUUCCUCAUCGGACUUAGUGAACAGUGGAACAGCAUCAACAGUGUUGACAAACAUGUCUGCAACAAAUCCAGCUGUUAUACAGUCUGACAAUAGUUCAAUUACUGCCCCUAAUGUGUCAUCAAUUGCAAUUCCUGGGGGAGCAGUAUCAACUCCCGUUAUAAGUACAGCGCUGGCUGCGUCUGUUAUAUCUGGGUCAACAACAGGCACAGUAUUCUCGUCCAACCUUAAAACAGCAUUUAAAGAUAAAGAUAAAAAAGUUAUUAUAGCUUCGUCCAUGGCAGCAUCAAAUGCAGCUGCCGCUGCUGCUGCAGCGGCAGCAGCUGCAGCCUCCUCCUCAUCUAACUCCGCUCUGUACACAGGAGAUGAUGACAUAAAUGAUGUUGCUGCUAUGGGUGGUGUUAAUAUAAUUGAGGAGACCCAAAGAAUAUUGGGAUCCACAGAAUUUGUGGGAACACAAAUCCGGUCAUGUAAAGAUGACAUAUUCUUACAUGGAGCUACAUUGCAGCACAAAAUUAAAAAUAUUGCUAGUGAAAAGGGUCUUGAGGAACCAAGUGCAGAUGUUGCUGCCCUUAUUUCACAUGCCACCCAAGAAAGGUUAAAAAAUUUUGUGGAAAAGUUAGCUGUUAUUGCAGAACAUAGAAUGGAUAUCAUUAAAAUUGACCCAAGAUAUGAAAUAUCUCAAGAUGUAAAAGGACAACUUAAAUUUUUAGAAGAAUUAGACAGAAUGGAACGCAAAAGAAAUGAAGAAAAAGAACGUGAGCUUUUAUUAAGAGCAGCCAAGAGUCGGUCGAAGAGUGAAGAUCCAGAACAAGCAAAAUUAAAAGCAAAGGCCAAAGAGAUGCAAAGAGCAGAAAUGGAAGAGGUACGGCAGAGAGAAGCAAACAUGACGGCUUUGCAAGCUAUUGGCCCAAGAAAAAAACCUCGUCUUGAUGGAGCACUAAGUGAUGGGGGUACAACUGCCCCUGGUAAUGGAACUUCUUCUACUAGUAAUGGCAAUGUAUCUGGUAGACCUCAGCUUCCCAGCCGACCUAGACUAAAAAGAGUUAAUAUCAGAGAUCUGGUGUUUUUACUUGAACAAGAGAAGGAAUCAAGUAGAUCAACAUUUUUAUACAAAGCUUAUUUAAAAUAAUAGUUAGAAAGGAUUAUUUCCUGUGUUUAUCUUCAUUUUACGUGCAGAUUAUCCUUUGUGUUAGCCUUGUGACACAUUGUGGAGUUACAAUUUGGAAUACUUAUUUCCCAGCAAUCUCUCAACCCACGUCCUAGUCCACCAUAGUUAAAAUAUGCAUGUAGGUUGCUGGAAAUUUAAAAAUUGUAUCCAUUGUGGUUGUGUCAACUACAUCUAGUUGGUUUCUCCAUGUAUUCGGGACCACUCACUCUUAAGUUAUGUGAUAACAAGCCUCACGAGGUAGGGAAAAUGAAAGCAAAUAAAAUUUGACUUUAGAAGAUCCACUGUUUAUUGUACGUAACUGGUAGCCAGUUAGUGUUCUGAAAGAAAUAACAGAGCUUAAAGGUGUUUUUCUUUUUGCUAAGCAGAAAAUAUUAUUGCUACUUGAAUUGCCCCAUCACAAUGAUAUGGACUUAAAUUCAUUUCAGGAUUCAUCUGAUGCUACUUAAUUACUUUCUAAAUGGAGCUGCACUGACAAAACAAAAACCCUCUUAGGUAUUCACGUAUUCAUUUUUGCUUUGCUCUCCUCUCUCAUAUUACUUUUCUAUUAACUGUUCACUUUUUGUACUGCUGUUCCUGUCUGGUCUGGUUUAGGAAUUAGUUUAGCUCAAGUUCCACCUGUGUUCUGUAAACUUCAAAGAACAUAAUGGUAUUAAACUCAGGAACAUAAAUGUUAGUUACAUGUGUAUUCUUAAGGAAAAUUGCAUAAUGUAGUUUUGUCGUACAGUUUAGUGGCAUGUGAUUGCUCCUAUGUUACAGUUCAUAUUGGCCGUUAUUUACUUGUUCAACUGUAAACGUCAUUGUCUAUUGCUUGUCCUGUUUUGCUUUUCUUUACUGGGAAAGUUUUGUUAUGGCUUGUGGCUAGGUGAUUGAAACUAUUUUAUGCAUGUACAGCUUACUACAGGAAAUGUUUGAUUUUCUUUUUUCUCUCCUAAAUUGUCAACCUUUUUCUGAUAAAAGACUAACAUAGAUUUUGCGGAUUUAUGUUUGCCCCCAGGUGUUAAAAAGCCUCUAUUACCCUCACUAAUUAUCUGGCCGGUCUCUUGUUUGACUUAGGUAUGUACAGCACCAACUUUCUGGUUAACCCUCCUUUAAACUUUUUAAUUAAUUUAAAUAUUUUUGAUAAAAUUUUGUUCACUUUUUGUCAAAGCUAAGCUAACAGUCCCACUUACUUUAACUCAUCAGAUCUUUGUCCUUGUGGAAGUGAUUGCUCUCAACAAGAAAACUUUGUAGGAUUUCUCUGAGCAAUAAAGUAGGUGAAAUGUUUUCUCCAUUGAUCAUUAUUGAGAUGAGCUUGCUGUAAGACUAAUGUUUUUCGAUACAUUUUCUACACUAUAUUGAAAAUAGUUUGUAAGUCUUAUAACUAGCAAAUCACUGGGCGUCCAAUUUUUAAAAUUUGUCUGAUUUUGAAGGGUUUUUUCUAAAUUUUCUAACUGUUAAAAUUUUGUAUCGUCAUUCUUCAUCUACCACAAGCCAUUUGUUAUGUUUUUCUUUGUGUGUGUUUAAUAUAAUACAAACUAUUGUAGGAUAAAACCGGCUUCCAUUUUGAAUCUUAGUUGUCUCAGAGGCUUAUAGGUUUCCUCAAAAUAUACUAGUCUUUAUGGUCAUCAAAUACGUAGGCAGCAUUAAUGUUCGUUCAGGUCAUACCAUUUGAGUCUUUGUUCAUCAAAUGGAUUAAUUUAGCUCAAUGGAUUUUGUAAAUAAGAAAUUAUACAACGUUUAAAACCACAGUUCUGAAAAUUUUGUACAUACAGUAUUUGUAUACUUGUUUCCUAAAGUGAGUACCUUUUUGUGUUGUUUUAACAUUAUUCAUAAUUUAUAUUCUUCUGCAUCUUAAAGAUAACUUACACUCACUUGUUUACACCCUAGCUGACAAGUACACAUGUAUGCCUUGUCCUGGAAAUGCACAUUGCACCUAUUUGUUAACUAUAUGUUCAGUCAUUUGUUAGCAAGUUGAGGCUUCUAACAUCAACUUUUCCAAUCUAAGCUUCCAUUUGGUUUUCCUAUGAUGUGUGUUCAGAAACCAUAAGGUUUAUUGUUGUUUUAUAUGUUCAUAUGAUUGCUUUGUACACAUACAAAAUUACUGGCUGUACAUAAUUAAUUUCAUAAAGGCGUUUUGCAUUGCAGCCUGUUUUAUUUCAAAUUAGUGAUCAUUAUUUGUUGUUUUUUCCCUGUAUAUUAUUCUUCCCAGAAAUGUUAUUUUAAGUGGGUUUACUUGUUUGUAAGGUAAAAUUUGAGACUGUUCUGUUUGUACUUGUGGGGAGAUGAACGGUGUAUCAAUCUAUUCUGACCCUCUUUUUCUUUCUUCUUUUUUUUUGUGAAUGUGUUAAAAUGGUCUGGAAAGGUGCCCAACCAAAUUAAAAUUAUAGACAGUGAGGGAAUAUUGAUGGUCCUAUGAUUUAACUGUUAUUUUGUGUUAUUGUAUGUUCUCAGUGAGGUGAAUAUGUUGGUUUUUAUUGUAUUGUUGGUUGUCCCUUUGUUUUUUGAUGUAAUACCUCUAUACCUGGACAUGGAUGCACAAAAAAUGCCUAGUUAUGUAUGUUCCAUACAUAUUGUGGCCCUGUGAACUUGUGUCUAUUUCCAUAGUUACAGUAGUCUUGUUAAUCUUAAUUCUUGCCAAGUAUCAGUGUGAAGUGAAAAGGUUCAUAUCCAUUUUUGUCUUUGUAGGUUUCAUCUAGUUUAAGGUCACAAGUCCAGGUGCUUACUGGGAGGGCAAACUGUCACUGCAAACUUUAGACCCAUGCCAUGUCACAUAUGUGCGCUGUUUGUUGUCAUUAUUUCAGUCAUACAUUUUAUGUUUUUAAUUUAAAUUAUCUACUAUGUAGAUAAGACUUAGUGACCCUUAUCGGGUGUAAUUUUAUGGACGUUCUCAAUUCCACCUGUCUUGUUGAACCUGUUAAAAAAAUUUCAAUCGCCUCUUCUUAUUGUAUCCUUAUCUAUUAAAGUCCCCCUCCCCCUUUCCCCCCUUUUUGAUAUAGGUGAUUCUGCAGUCUUUCUCUCUGUGAAAUUUGUAUAUCUCUAGUGGUGCAAAUGGAAAAAAAUUUAGGAAUACCCGUCAUAUGCAUACAGUUGUAAACAUAGUAUAUAUUUUUUUUACUUUUUUAUGUUUGUUGACAACCAUUGAUGUGAAAGGUAUGGUAUCUGUGAUGUUUACCUCCUGUGCCCACUUUAUGCAAGAAAAUAUAUUUAUAUAUAUUGAAGGCUGUGCCAAAUUCUACUGAAAGAUUGAAAUUAAAUAGUAGAUCAGGUGCCAGUUGAAAACA